AUGAAGCAGCUCAAACUAGAUAAGGAUCUCUUCCUUAGGAAUCUAAAAGGUUCUAGAGUUCAGACAGGUGCACCUGAGCGGGGCAGAGGCGGUGGGUGGCUGGGGCCAUCUCUGGAAGCUAACACAGUGAACAGCAGAACAUCGAAGGAGGAGAACGGCAGUCUAUCCGAACAGCAACCCGAGCACGGAGUGAAAGACGGCCGGCUCCUGCCUGCAGUCUGGCAGUUGUAUACUCAAGCAUGCUGUCAUCACCAUCAGUCUCCAGGCUCCUCGCUGCGCUACAUCCCCCGUAGGGCAGUUCUCUACUGCCCUGGCAAUGAUGAACGAAAAUUGAAGAAACUGGCCUUGCUGGAUGUCGACUGCGCCGUGCUGGACUGUGAGGACGGCGUGGCCCUCACCAAAAAGGUUGAAGCCAGAGAGACCAUAGCUCGGAUGUUGGGAGAGCUGGAUUUGGGCCGGUCUGAGAAGUGUGUAAGGGUGAACUCCGUUUCUAGUGGCCUAGCUGAGGCCGACCUGCAGGUUGUCCUGCAAGCAGAGGUUCUUCCUCCUGCCAUUAUGCUGCCCAAAGUAGAGGACAUUCAGGAAGUCAAAUGGUUUGUUGACAGGUUUCAGCACUACUUGAAAGGACGGACACUGACAGAACCCAUUCGCCUUGUCACCUUUGUGGAAACCGCUGUGGGCCUGCUCAAUUUUAAGGCGGUGUGUGAGGAAAUCCGCCAGCUCGCUCCCAGAGCCUGGCUCCACCAUGACGGUGUGGUGUUUGGCUCCGAUGACUUCUGUGCCAGCAUAGGUGCCACACGGACUAAGGAUGCCAGAGAGCUGCUCUACGCUCGGCAGAAGGUGGUUGUUACCACCAAAGCUUUUGGGCUGCAGGCCAUUGACCUGGUUUACAUCGACUACAAAGAUGUAGAAGGACUGAGGCUACAAGCGAGGGAAGGAGCGCUCAUGGGCUUCACCGGUAAGCAGGUUAUUCACCCCGGGCAGGUCCAAGCUGUGCAGGAGGAGUUCUCCCCGAGCUCAGAAAGGGUCCAGUGGGCCAAGGAGCUCAUCGCUGCUUUCAAGCAACAUCAGAAAGAAGGAAAGGGCGCAUUCACCUUUCGCGGCAGCAUGAUUGACUUGCCCUCGCUGAAGCAGGCUCAGAAUAUCCUGACCCUCUCUGCUGCUGUGUCGAGGAAAUAACCGGAGGAACCACGGGUCGGAAAAAGGACAGGAAACUGGAAAUCACUUCAUGAACUUUACAAACCUGGUGCAGGAUUACAACGAAAAACAUGGCUUGUAUUUUUAGUGUAGUAAACAUAAAUGUAAAUACACUGAGUGGCUGUACAUGUCUGUUUAUAUGAGAGUCUUAUUUGAAUUACUGGUGUGUGUUUUGAAUAUUUCAAGAUCUCACUGUGAGCCUGAUCAGUGCUCUGGUGAUGAACCCUGUGCAGCUUUCUGGCAGCAUGUUCACCGUCAUGUCACUCUGCAGCCUGCGUGCCCACACCCUCCAUCUCUCCCGAGUCAUGAUGAAUGCUCUACCAUCAGCACGCCCAGGCGGGGGGGCCCAAAGGGUAAACAAACAACACCGCUCUGCUGUGGCAGGUCUAUUCCUCGGGCCCCGUAGUUACAGCCAGGCCUCAGCCGCCUGCCUCCAUUAUGACUCAAGUACUUCAACAUUAAGACAAAAGAAAAAUCUAAUUGUUUUGAGUUUUUUUACUUGACGUUUUAGCCACACAGCGGCUGAGGUGAAAGGCACGCAGCAGCAUUAAACUGAUUUCCUACAUUAGGGUGACCUGUGCUUACAGCAGCAUUCAUCAAAACUGUUUCAGCGGAACAUAAAAAAUGAACUUAAUGAGCGGAGUGAAGAAGUCACAAAUGAAAGCACAAAAGAGGGCUUUGUUGAACACUUGUCCGAUUCACAGAGGCUGUGAAGUGGGUGUGAUGUUCGAGUAGAGACAGAUUAGUGGCCAUGUUGCUCCAGCAGACCAGGACCGAGGCUUUGUCUCUCUGACUGCGGAUGGGAGGAUAAUUGGGGGGGUGUCGAAUGGUUAAUAGUGCCAUUGGUGACCAUGGUAAUGAAAGGCGCCAUACCACCUCUACCCCACCUCAUCCCCUCUCUUUCUCUCUCUUUUUUCAUGUUUCUUUCCCUUUACUGUAUGAUGUAUUGUGUCUGGGACAGAGCCGGUGUCUGUGCCAGGCCCGUCCAGACAAAAAAAAAUAAAAAAAUGAGACAGAAACCCACUCCUGCAUCCAGCCAAAUACCCCGAUGGUAAGCCGUGGCAUUUGGCCACAAUGGUUAUUCGAGACUGGUUCACUUUUUGCUGCCAUUUAUUUUCUAACUCUAUAUUUGCAGCUAUUAGCUGUAGCUACAUUUAGACAUUGUGUCACUAUAUCAGAACUAUAAAAUAUACAUUUUUUGAUUGCCCUGAUUACUUAGACUAGAA